CUUAGUUUCAAAGCUCACCCACCUCUCUCUCUCUCUCUUUCUUUUUCUCUCUCUUCUUCUUCUUCUCACUUCCUUCUCCAUAUAUACCCUAAUAAACAAUUCCAAGCACCUCUCUUUCUUUCUCCAUUCUCUUCCCAAACCUCACUUCUUUCUCCCCACCUUCUGCUAUUAUUUUAAUACAAUAACCCAAUCAUACACUCGCUCGGGAUUGCUUAUCCCAACACAGAUAAACAAAAGCAAUGAAAGGAGAAUACGUAGACCAACAACAACAUCCUAAGAAUGAAACACCACCUCCUAUCUUCUCAAAGCUUCAACCUCAUCAUCAACACCAUCCUUUCCCGCACAACCCCUUCCAACUCUCCGCCGCCGACGAAGACAACCGCACCCUCGCCGUCACACCCACUACUGCACACAAGCCCAACUCCUCCGGGGGUGAUGGGGCCACCAUCGAGGUCGUUCGCCGUCCCAGGGGCCGUCCCCCCGGCUCCAAGAACAAGCCCAAGCCACCGGUAAUCAUAACCCGAGACCCCGAACCUGCUAUGAGCCCCUACAUUUUAGAAGUGUCCGGAGGCAGCGACGUCGUCGAGGCCAUCGCGCAGUUCAGUCGCCGCAAGAAUAUGGGCAUCUGUGUCCUCACCGGUUCCGGGACUGUUGCCAGCGUCACGCUCCGUCAACCCUCCACUACCCCCGGCGCCACUGUUACUUUUCAGGGCCGUUUCGAUAUCCUCUCCGUCUCCGCCACCUUCCUUCCGCAGCAAUCCGGCGCGUCUCCCGCGGUGCCCAACGGCUUCGCCAUCUCGCUCUCUGGCCCGCAGGGGCAGAUCGUCGGGGGAAUGGUCGCCGGCGGGUUGAUGGCUGCGGGAACAGUGUUCGUGAUCGCCGCUUCGUUCAACAACCCGGCGUAUCAUAGGCUGCCGCCGGAGGAUGAGGGCGGCGCAUCUGCAGGCGAUGGACAUUCGCCUCCAAUAUCUGGCGGCGGAGAAAGCGGGCAUGGGCAGGCAGAAUCAUGUGGAAUGUCCAUGUACAGCUGUCACUUGCCUUCCGAUGUGAUUUGGGCUCCGACAGCUAGACCUCCACCGCCACCGCCACCUUACUGAUCAAUUUACGUUCUGUUUCUCUUUUGUUCUUCUUUGGGAUGAAUUAACUUCAACUUCGUGGUUACUGUAAUCAAUUCUAUAUGUUACUCUGUUUAAUUGGAUUUAAUUUAGCUGGUUUAGUAGAAUGAAAUCCUGAGUAUUAGUUUAAUUUUCAUUAUUACAUAAUUAGAUUAAGUUGAUUACAAAUGGAAACACCAACAGCAGUAUUAAUUAGUUGCUA